UUUAUGGGAAGGACUGGAGGAAAUCCCACUUAGUUAUCAUGAUAGUUAGGUCAUUUGUCAUUCGGUUGGAGGUCUGACACUUCAUCGUUCAGCUGACAGUCUGUGCCUUGCCAGUAAAGAAAGUCUAAUUUCCACAUUGACAAGGGCAUCAUCAUGAGGAUUCUUAGUUUACCCUUACUUGUCCUUUUAUUGGUUGCUGCUGCUGUGGGUGAUAGCGCUGGGAAAGAAUGCCACGAUGGGACAUGCAUCACAGAACACGAAUGGUCCCAGUUAGAUUGGAGCUGGCAGAUUCUGAGAGACAUUUCGUUAAAGGUGGACGGUAAUAAUGCAUCAGUUGAAGACAGGACAAAGCUAUGGGAAUCUUUCACCGAUUUCACAAUUAAUUCGAAAGGAUCAGAUCCCCUUACCGAUGUUACGCCAUCCUCACAGGAAGAAUUUCCUCUAGACGUCAUUGCGUUAUUUGUCCAGGCUUUCCAUGGCAACAGAAACCAUGUCCGUGAGCGAGACAAGCCUAUCAAGGAAAUAGUGGAGAAUCGAGAGCACGAUGGAAUGAGGUACGACAAGCAGAUCAUAUUGGUUUUGGAGCCUGAUGAUCCCAUAGUAAGCGAAGCUGCCAACGAUCUUUACCACAAGCAUGAAAGUAAGUCUGCAGUUGUUAUCUGGGAUGAAAGGCUGGGCAGAUUUAGAUCUGUAAAAGGUGGGUUUCCAAAGCUGACAAAGUACGACAGAGUUCAAGUCGUGGGCCAUGGUCGCGAAAUGGAUGGAAAGACAAAGAUUGGCGGGCGUACAGGGGCAGAAUUAGCUGACGAGGUCGCCAAACUACCCGGAGCUGGUGAUGGGGAAAUAGGACGAAUAAGUUUAAUUGGGUGUAAUAUCGCCAAGACAGCCAAGCCAGAUUCCAUGCCUCUCGGUGAUGAACCGUUCCUCACAGAAUUCAUGAAUGAUCUGAAGUCCAAACACGGGAUCGAGACGGUAGUGAGCGCCAGGAAUACGUUUGUUCAAGUCAAUGCUGAGGGGCGUAAAAUGGUUGCGGAGGUGACGCCUGAUGGAAUGAAAUGGCACUCAAAGGACGCCUCUAAGAAGGUUGUAUUGAGCUUUGACGAGGAUGGUAACAUCGUGUCGGAGAAGGUUCCUGCAACUGAACGGAUCCCGGCCUACCCAUGUGUGGACUGUGCACUGGGCCCUCUCGACGUGGCGACUGUGGAUGGCGUGUCUGAAAUCUAUUUGCUCGUUGGUCCUAAAGGCAAAGAAAGAAUUGCCACGAUUGACCACAAUGAGAUGAACCGCGUGUUAGAUAAACAGACUGUAAACACUUUCUUGAAAAGUAAGGAUGACCUCAUCAGAGAGGCUAUGAUACAAAAUAAAGACAAGGUUGCACAACGUUUUAAACUAAAGAGGAGUGACGAUGUUAAGACGGUCGGCUAUAACAUUGUGUCUAUAGAUGGUAAUUCCGUUACAAUCGAAGGUGUGGGUAAAAAGGGUAAAAGAAACAGAAUAGAGUUAAAUAUUGGGUCAAGUGUAAAGAAUGCGUAUGUUUAUGAGUGGGGAAAUAAGUUGGAGGUCAGAGGUAGAAAGGUCAGGGUAAUAAGCAGUGUCGAAGAAAUGGUUCGUGAAAUUAAUUGGCUGGGUUUGAAUGGGAUCAGAAACAAGGGAAAGGAUAAUCUUUAUCGAUUUGGUGACUGGGUCAUAAGCCUCGGCAAGGGAGACUUUUAUGCAAAUAUUCAUGGCUUCAUAGCUUCAGAACAAGAAGCGGGUGACAACGAGAUCGAUAAGGUUAUUACUGAUCGUGGCAAAGCAGAAAAGAAAUGGCCUUUCAAUAGUGAAAAGGGUCGUCCAAUGAAACCACCUAGUAAUAUUGAUAAGGUAUCAUACGACCAACUUCAGGACAAUAUAGAUGAUUGGGGGACUCUGAAGGAGUGCAUGGAUCAUUGGUACAAGGGGGACCACAGUGCUAUUGCCUCCAGUAUGAAGCUUGGGUACGGGUCUGCGAAGGCUGCUGUGCUUACAUUUGCUUUCAGCAUAUCCGAAUCCGUAAGAAAUUUUCGAACGCACAUUGUUAAUGUAAUGGCAUUGGAAAUGUUAGACCCGUUAAGGCAUGGUGCUACUCUUACGAUGAAAGAGUUCCUGCAGAACCAUCCAAUGGCUCGUGGAGGAACGUGGCCCGACCGUGGCAGAACAGGAUUUAAUGGCCUAAAUGAAGGUAAUACUGACAAGGUACUUCCCAGAGAGCUCGCAUUCACUCGGCAUUGGCUCCUUAGUCUUAAGCCAGAUGAGGCUAAUCCACAUGGUAGGGUAACAGCAAUUGACAAGUCCGAUCCACGAUUCCGGGGACAACCGGUUGAAAACACCGAACUCGAGGAAAUAAUUGAUAGCUUUGCCAUUCGAGACUUUAAUGCAAUAGCUAAGGGGGAGGAUGGCUUGGGAAGACGUACAACUGGACAAAGUGAGUCACAAGGGAAAGAAGAAAAGAGAGGACCACUUGGUGACAUGAGUGAAAUUGUAGACACAGCGGAAGUAAUGGAAUCUAGACGGACAUCACUGGAUAUUAGAUCACUAUCCCUGCGUUCAAUGAGUGCGGUAGCAGCUGACCAUGCAUACCUUACUGGUAAAGUCGCAGAAAUCGUCAGAAGUAAAUCACUGCCAGCGAACUUCAAGCUGGAUGAAAACUCAGUAAAAGUUGAGGAGGACGAGAUGAAAUUCUCAAUGGUUAAUGAGGAGAACCCUGCAGAAAAAGAAGAACUAUCUGGCGAAAUCGACCACAGUGAGUUGCAAACGCACGACACAGUAGACGAUCUUCAUGAUCAUGUAACUGAAUUUGCAGAUCCUGUCAAGGGAGGGGUGCAUCAAGCCAAUACCGUUUUAGGUGUCUAUGGGAUCGUGUCUGGUCUAGGAGGAGCCUUGCAGGCUUUUGAAGAUGGCAAGAGCGGUGAGGGUUUUUCGGACCUGCUCCAGAGUUCAUAUGGCAUAGGUGAUUUGACUGGGUUGAACAAAAAAAUUUCAAAAGCGGCAGGCAAAGCAUUUGUUUCCCUUUUCAAAGAUAAAGUGGUAGAUCUAAAGACUGCCAUCGGGGAUAAGUUAGGAAGUCAAGUUGAAGAAGGUCUGGGUAAAACGGCUGGUGAAGUGGGUGACCUCAUGGAAGAUGUCCCCAUUUUAAGACUUGCGUUUGGUAUCAUGAGUGUUGUUGAUGAUAUCAAGCAGCACAAUGCUCUUGGAUACAUCGACGCCGGUUUGGAUACUGCGAUUGCGGGACUGUCAAUGCUCAGCCCAGAAGCAGAACCAGUUGUACUUGCCCUGACUGUUGUUCGUAUGUUUAUUGGCGACUUCUACAAUGAGAUUGACAGUGCCCUUAAGAAGUUACCCAAGGACGCAGGUUCCUUACAGAAAUUCGAUGCAUUUAUGAAGGGGUUUGCACUGGCAUUAAAGGAUGUAUGGGAGCAAGUCACGUUAUUUGGACAAAUAUUUGGUGCAAUCGAACAUUCGAGGAACUUGGACAAGGAAUACAAUAAAAACAGAGCGUUUUUGCGUGGUCUUGCUGAUUACCAUAAUUACUUUAAAGUUGAAAACGUUAAAGGUGGAUCAGUGGUAAACUUCGCCGACGGCAGCUCUUCAUGGAAUGGUGGUGAUAUAACAUUUUGGCUUCAUGAAGACGGAACGGCUACACUAAAGAUGGACGAAAACGUUGAUGAAAAUGGUAAUCAGCGCACUGUAACACACACCAUUAAUGUUGGAGACUCUACGGGUAUAGUCGCGGGCAUUGGCGAGUCGCACGACAUUAGCUUCAAGACGGAAACGGUCAAAAUAUUUUUCUUUAUCCCUGUUGACAAGAAACGAAUUAUUAGUGGCAUAGAUGGAGAUAGAAAUAGCUUACACGGUACAUAUUAUGGGAACUCCAAGGACAACCAGUUCUUCACAGUUCAGAAGUUGCCAGAUAAUAGCAAGCUUGACUAUACCCUUGGCGAUUACUUUACGACUUGUACGGAAUGGACGGCAACGACGUCUUCUACCUUGGUCCUCAGAAGUCAAAUGUUCAUGGGGGUGACCAACUGGUUUAGUGGGGAUCGUUAUCGCCAUCUUAACUUCCUUGCUGAUAAAGGUGUCUUCUUUGAGGUACGUGCUGCGGCUUUUGGCAUUCCACGCUUGGUAGCCAUCGCCAUUGACUGUUCGAAAGACAAGUCGGCACGAACUGUCGAUACCAGUCAGCCUCCUUGGAAAAAUGUUGUAACCGUCCACGGCUCGAACUACUCUGAUACUAUUGUUGGGAAUGACCAAGACAACAGAUUAGAUGGGGGCAAUGGAACGGAUCAUCUAACUGGUGGCAAGGGGAAAGAUAUGUACAUAGUUGAUGCCUACGACACUGGUAACGAUGUUAUCAAUAACUGCGCUGAUGACACACAGACAGACACACUCAUGGUAGGUUUUGAGUUUCUCUCCACGAUUGGACGGAUUGAUAACCUGAACCUUGAACUACUUACUGAUAAAAAAUCUGGACACUUCAUCCGGGUUCUCAAUUGGUACAGGGGUCCUGACUGUCAGCACCUGACAUUCGUCUCGACCGAUGGAGUCGCUUAUAAAGCAUCAACAAACACGAGCCUUGAGGAUGUUCCAUUGACCGCAUACUUGAUUGAUAAAGAAAGUAAAUCCAGUGGUCAGACUGUCGAUACAGCAAGCAUUCCGAAGUUCUCUACCGUCGUUUCAGUUAUCGGAUCAAAUUAUACGGACAAGAUCAUCGGUAAUAAACGAGAUAAUUAUAUCUCUGGAGGGCCAGGUGAUGACGUUAUCCGAGGGGGUGAAGGUGCCGAUACCUACGUCAUGAGACCAGGACACGGGUACGACACAAUCAUCAAUCUGGCCUUUGACCGCAAACUUGACACAUUGUUGUUUGGAUUCAAUUUUUCCGACGUGAGUCUAGCCAGGGAGGAAUGUGACCUGAUAGUCAAAAGCAAUGGAUCAACCAAGGCUGCUAAUUUGAAAGAUUGGUUCAAAGGCGAGUUCCACCAGCAUCUAGUAAUCCGAACCAUAGAUGAUGUGGUGAGCGUUCUACCAAAGUCGCAAAAUGAUUCGUUAGUUCUGACCCCGACAGUUAUUGACAAGUCAAAGUCCAAGACUGAUGUACAGAUCAAUUGCAAUAUCAAACCAUGGAGAUCCAUCCAACGUCUGAUUGGAGGUAACCAUUCUGAUAUCUUGACUGGUAAUGAUGAGAUCAACUAUCUGGACCCGAAGAUAGGGGGAUCUAAACUAAUGGGCGGUAACAACAGUGAUACCUAUAUCAUUAAAGUAGGGUAUGGUACAGACAAUGUCAUUGACAAUUUCGCCGCUGAUAACAAAACUGAUGUUCUCUCAUUCGAAGCUCACUAUUCAGAUAUGAGGCUCGUAGAUGGAGGCAGUGACGAUUUGUUGCUUUCUUCUGUUAAUCAUACAGCUUUGACACUAAGCCACUUCCAGAAAGGACAAGAAUAUCAGCAUCUAUUCAUACAAUCAGGCGACGGCGUUGGCUUCACAUUGAGUCAAAAAAAUGACAGCGAGUCUUUUCAAGCCAUUCCUCUCUUGAUCAACAGAGCUACGUCGUUGAAUCACGAGAAGAUUGACCUGAGAUCAAGUUGGAAUUGGACAGAAGUCAAUUCAGUGAUAGGAAGUUCUACAGCAGCGAAUUACAUUCAAGGCCAAGGUAAAGAUAACACACUUGUUGGGGGAACGAAGGUUGACAGUUUAAAGGGUGACGCAGGUAAUGAUCUUUUGAGGGGAGGUGACGGCGAGAACUUCCUUGAUGGGGGACUCGGCAACGAUACGCUGGUAGGAGGCAAGGACGUCGAUUGGAUGUUAGGCUGGCUAGGCGAUGACUUGCUCUACGGUGGAUACGGGGCUGACAGAAUUGACGGUGGUCCAGGAUGUGACACGGUGCUCUUUUCCGGGAAUCCUGUCAAUAGAACUGGGAUUUACGUGGACCUUCACUAUGGACAAGGUGCUGGCGCAGAUGCUGAGGGAGACAUCUACAUUAGUGUUGAAAAUGUCUAUGGAACUCCAUAUGAUGACGUUCUUAUUGGUAAUGAUGAUGACAAUAUCAUACUCGGACGAGCUGGGAAUGAUGUCAUAUAUCCCGGUAACGGUACAGAUCUACUAAUUGGUGCCGAGGGACGAGAUGUGUAUAUUAUUGGUGGAACAACGGGCGUAAAAACAAUACAGAAUGCUGCUAACGACUCUGCCGAAGACACUCUCACCCUUCUUCCAAUAAGACGUGAGCACAUCAAGAUUGACCGUUAUGGUGACCAUCUCUCUGUCAGCAUAGGUGAUAGGUACUCAGGAUAUUGGUGCCCUGAAGGUGAGCUUGGACCAAUCAUUAUUCAAAACUGGUUUUCUAAUGACACGAACAUGCAUCUUGUGAUCCUAUGUAAUGACACAAAACUGAACCAGACGGACCUUGAUGACAUGGCAGUACCAUAUGCAAAGCCUUCUUCCAUGAACAACUUUGUGUGUAGUGUCUACGACUUUGGUGUUGGAAAGGCAGUAGCAAUUGGUCUUGUGUGUUUUGUCAUCCUGUUGGCCCUUAUCGUGAUCAUCAUGCUCGCAUACACUGGAAGGCUGACGAAAUUCGGCAGGAAGACCAGCGAUGACAAAGAAGGACAGAGCUUUAUGUAUUCAGAUUCUGUUAACUAUAAUAGCCUACGGGAUGCUGAUGAACAACUAAACGUCUAG